GAUGGAGGCGCAAAUCGACAUUGCGCUCGGCAACUGCCGCAAGACGACGGUGCUCAAGAAGUCGGACAAGACUGACAAGCCUGCCCCGGCUAAAGGUAAGAGCUGUGCACGUGUGAAAGCUCCGGCCCCGAAGCCCUCUCCUGCGGCAAAGCCGCCACCAUCCAAGCGUGCGAAGAAGGCCUGA